AUGGGACUCUUCUCUGCUGUUCUCCGCGCCCUUCCUGCCCGGGUCCAGCAGUCUACUGAUCCGCCUGAUCCAAUUGGCGUGGUGCAGGCAGCCGGGAUGGAGAAAGGAGCCCCGGAGGCGUCGCCCCCCUGCGCUCGCUGCGGCAAGCCCGCUCAGCUCCAAUGCCCCAAGUGUGCUGAACUUAAGCUACCUCGUGAGAACGCAACUUUCUGCACACUGGAUUGUUUUAGGGUAGCAUGGAGCUCUCACAAAUCUGUUCACCCAAAGCCUGGUGCACUGGCAUCCCAGCAGUCUCCAGAAGGAUGGAAAUAUUAUGUGAGAAAAGGGCGGGGACGUGCAUUGGAACUUCCUCGUUUUGAUUGGACAGGUCCAUUGAGACCAUAUCCAAUAUCAAAGAUGCGUGUGGUGCCAGAUGAAAUUGAGAAGCCUGAUUGGGCGCUUGAUAUUAAGACCCCUGAACUCAUAGAAAGGAUGAGAGAAACAUGUCGAAUUGCAAGAGAGGUUUUAGAUGCAGCUGCUCGUGUAAUUAAACUAGGAAUUACAACAGAUGAAAUUGAUAGAGUUGUCCAUGAAGAGACAAUUGCUAGAGGUGGAUACCCAUCUCCAUUGAAUUACCAUUUCUUCCCCAGGUCAUGUUGCACGUCUGUCAACGAAGUCAUUUGCCAUGGAAUUCCAGAUGCCAGGUUAUGA